GCGGCGGCGGCGGCCGCGGCAGAGCGGAGGGGAGGGGGCGGCCGGCCGCGCGGAGGGAGUGAGUCACCUGACUGCCGCCCGCACCGCCCGCCGGGCUCGCUAGCUGCCGUCAGUCGGGCCGCGCCGCGUCUCGGCUCUGGUAUCUCCACCAUAAAUUUAAAAUAAUUUUGAAAAUAAAGACCCUUAAAGGAAAGUCAAAGGACUAAAGGUGAACAUACAUGAUACUCUUGGGUCUUUGCCAUUCACUUGGAAAAUUGGAGAUAAAGUUUACCUAAGUUCAGAAGAACACUCAAACUCUGGAUAUCUUGGUUAUAUUGUAACAGGAGCUGGCUUGGGGGAUUUUGAAACUUAGUCUGGACCCAAGAAAGAUGUCAGGGUUGGUGACAAUUAGAAGCAUGCUUUCCGCUGAACUUCCUGACACCAUUUGUUACGCAGAAUGAGUGAGAACACAGUUUUUGCCUAUGAGUCUUCAGUCCACAGCACCAAUGUCUUGCUCAGCCUCAAUGACCAACGGAAGAAAGAUGUGCUGUGUGACGUCACUGUCUUCGUGGAGGGUCAGCGAUUCCGAGCACACCGGUCGGUGCUGGCGGCAUGCAGCAGUUACUUCCACUCGAGGAUUGUAGGGCAGGCCGAUGCGGAGCUUAACAUUACUCUACCAGAAGAGGUGACAGUUAAAGGAUUUGAACCUCUAAUUCAGUUUGCCUACACUGCUAAACUGAUUUUAAAUAAAGACAAUGUGGAUGAAGUGUGCAAGUGUGUGGAAUUUUUAAGUGUACAUAAUAUUGAGGAAUCUUGCUUUCAGUUUCUCAAAUUUAAGUUUUUGAACUCCACUGCAGACCAGCAAGAAUGCCCAAGAAAAAAAUGCUUCUCCUCACACUGUCAGAAAACAGACCUUAAGUUUUCACUUUUGGACCAGAGGGAUCUAGAAAUUGAUGAAGUGGAGGAGUUUCUGGAAAAUAAAAAUGUUCAGACUCCUCAAUGUAAACUCCGUAGGUAUCAAGGAAAUGCAAAAGAAUCGCCUCCUCUACAAGACAGUGCCAGUCAAACGUAUGAAUCCAUGUAUUUAGAAAAGGAUGCUGCCCUGGCUUUGCCAUCUUUAUGCCCCAAAUACAGAAAAUUCCAAAAAGCAUUUGGAACUGACAGAGGUCGCGCUGUGGACUCCAAUGUCAAAGACGUUCAUGCUGCUUCUGUUCAGUCAAAUGAGACAUCUGAAAAUGAAAGUUUAGGAGGAGUCCAGGACUGUGCAGAUUUGCAGGUGAUUUUAAAAUGUGAACAAAGUAAAUUAGCAAUGGAACAUGAAGAAACAAAGAAGAAAGAGCCUGCUUCUUUGUGCCCAGCUGAAAAAACAGAAGUGACUCCUUUCCCCCACAGUUCUUCUACAGACGCUCAUGGACUUUAUUCUCUGUCUCUUUUACACACAUAUGACCAAUAUGGUGACUUGAAUUUUUCUGGUAUGCAAAACACAACAGUGUUAGCAGAAAAGCCUUUGUCAGGUCCAGAUGUUGCAGAAGAGAAAACGUUUGGUGAAAGUCAAGAUUUACAUUUGAAAUCUGACUUGGGCCCCAGAGAAGAUAGUAGCCUUGCAUCUAGCGAUCGGAGUAGUGUGGAACGAGAAGUGGCAGAACACCUAGCAAAAGGCUUCUGGAGUGACAUUUGCAGCACAGACUCUCCUUGCCAAAUGCAGCUGUCACCUGCUGUGGCCAAAGAUGGCUCCGAACAGAUCUACUCACAGAAGCGGUCUGAGUGUCCCUGGUUAGGUAUCAGGAUCAGUGAGAGCCCAGAACCAGGUCAGAGGACUUUUACAACAUUAAGUUCUGUCAACUGCCCUUUCAUAAGUACUCUGAGUACUGAAGGCUGUUCAAGCAAUUUGGAAAUUGGAAACGAUGAUUAUAUUUCAGAACCCCAGCAAGAACCUUGUCCAUAUGCUUGUGUGAUUAGCUUGGGAGAUGACUCUGAGACAGACACAGAAGGAGACAGUGAAUCUUGUUCAGCCAGAGAACAAGAAUGUGAGGUAAAACUGCCGUUUAAUGCCCAACGAAUAAUUUCACUUUCUCGAAAUGAUUUUCAAUCUUUGUUGAAAAUGCAUAAGCUGACUCCAGAACAACUGGAUUGUAUCCAUGAUAUUCGAAGAAGAAGUAAAAACAGAAUUGCUGCGCAGCGCUGUCGCAAGAGAAAACUUGAUUGUAUCCAGAAUCUUGAGUCAGAAAUUGAGAAACUGCAAAAUGAAAAGGAAAGCUUGUUGAAGGAAAGAGAUCACAUUUUGUCAACUCUGGGUGAGACAAAGCAGAACCUAACUGGACUUUGCCAGCAAGUCUGUAAAGAAGCAGCUCUAAGUCAAGAACAAAUACAGAUACUUGCCAAGUACUCAGCCACAGAUUGCCCACUUUCCUUUUUAAUUGCUGAAAAAGGAAAAACUACUCCUGAUGGUGAGCUUGCAUUAUCAUCAAUUUUUAAUUCAUCUGACGGGCCUCCCAGUGCAAGAGGAAACAGUGAGUGCAGCUAUGUGCGGGGGCAGGAAUCACAGCAGACCCCCACAGCUGCCUCUGAGCAAGGUCGACUUGUGGAACAGUGUGGUCAGAGUGGCGGGAUCUCAGAUUUCUGUCAGCAGAUGACCGAUAAGUGUACUACUGAUGAGUAAACGUGCAUUCACUUCUUCAAACCACCUAAUUGUCUUCUGAAGUUUUGGCAGUCUUGAAAGCCUAAUACAGCCAUCUGUUGUUUAGCAAUAUUGUUUUUUCCCUGGUAGUUUGCUCUUAAAGGAAUUUCUCUUAAGUCAACCCUAAUUUUUCCUUGACUCCACAAGAGACACAGAAGUGAUUUGCCUCCUGGAUACUGAAAAAUCACAUGCGAAAAUGUAGUAAGACUUUAAAACUCAGGUUUUAAAGACUAAUAACUAUUGGUAAUAACUCUUUCCAGUAUUCAAAGUAAAUAUGAGAGUAAAAACUGCAGCAUACCGAACAGUAGUUUAACAGCUUGAAAUAUCUGCAGAUAGUUCCUACUAAAUAAGUGGCCUGCAGGAGUUUAAUAAUCUGACCUUGUUGUAAUAUACUGGUUUAAAAGAAAAUUUCUCCCCAAGCAAUGCUAAUAGUUUUAUUCUAUGCAGAAGUAGGGUGUCAGCUACUGGGAAUAUUUGUGUAGAGCUGCAGUGUGAAAAAUAAAUCAUCUUGCCUGAAUCUUAGAGCUUUGCUCUUUAGCUUCUUCUAAAAUGAUUGGACUUCAUUUUGACUCCUAAGCUAAACUAGGAAGAUUUAGUAAAUGGGCAGGUGGUUGGCCUAAGGUGAGGUCUUCUGACCUUCCUCAAUAUUGACUCUAGAAAUUGUGGCUACAUAAACAGUAAAUAAGUGUCAUUUUCCCUUUUUUAUUUUUCUUCUUCAGUCUCUAUGACAUCUGGGCCCAUCAUGAACUUUCUAUUUCUUGACGUUCUUGUCCCUUUGGAAGAAGAAAUAGGACACAAGAUAUAGUGGCCUGAGUGAAUGCUCUGUCAGGAUUAUCUUAGGCUCCCUAGAAUGAGUGAGAGCUCACCAACAUACAAGGCUGUUCAAUUUCCACCAUGGGUCACCAAUGCCAGACAACCAGACACUGGGGGGAAGAAAAUUGCCUACGUUUACCAGGAGUGUAGUUCAUUUAUCAUCCUACUUUUGAAGUCCUACGGUUUACUUGUAAAAAGCAUUAUUGUAGAUAAAAAUGUAUCUGCAACAACUCUGCAGGUUUGUGAAAGAGGGUGAAACUAGAUCUUGUUCUGUUGUGAGUUUGCAUUUGGAAACCAGGUUUAAUCCUUGCUCUCUUCCCCAGAUCUGGUGUGGUAUAAAGGCACACAAGUCAUUUUGACUUAGGCAUUUUAAAAAUCAGUCUUUGUGUUUAUUUGAUCCUGUUAUAAAAUGUUUUUAUAAUAUCAUGACCUAUUCCAUAACAUUUUGCAGUGGUCCUUAGGCAUUCUGGAAUUACAGACUUGUUUGAGAGUCUCAUGAAAGCUAUGGACCUUCUCAGCAAUGAAAAAAAAACUUAUAUGUAUUCACAUUCACAGAAACAUUUGCAGAACCCAGUUUUAAAGGGUACCUAGGAGUAGUUUAUAGUAUUUGAAAUAGAAAGUUCUUCAUUUCACUGCAGUCAGACACCGAGACACUCUUAUAGACUGCAUCUGGAGUCUGAUGAAGGGCCUGUGUAGCUCGUGUGGGAGACAGCCACCUCUUAUGUAUGAACGAGUCUGAGACCUUUGCCAUGAGAGUAUAUGGGGACCAGUCUUAAUGUUUCAUAGUAAUUUGUCAAAUGUUACCGUUUUUGAUCGGAGUGUGGGGGGAGGAUAUUGCCAAUUUAUUUUUCAGUGGUAUGUGAGUUAUUUCUGUUAUUGACUUAGUUUUAAGAGAAAACUAGUUGGGCUUGUUUAUUUUCUAGAGGAUUUCAUAAGUACUCAAGAAUUUGUCAGGGAGAAUGGUAAUUCUAUGAUAAUGCAUCCCAUGCUACAAAUGAAUUUGUGCGUGUGUAGGUGUAUCUGUAUAUAUAUCAUCCCAUGUAACUAUUUCUUGGAGACAUGUAAUUUUAAAUUUGAACUUUACAAUAUAAAAUAAUACAAAAACUUUUCUGGUUUACAAAAUGUAAAAUCUUAUACAAGCCAAUGGAAUCCUUGAUUUCCUACCUCAGUGUACAUUCAACUGUUUGCCAUAUCAGUUUGUGUAUGUGCAAAUGUCAGAUGAUCUUUUGCUUUAAUUGCCACUGUGUAAAUGUUUGCUUUGAAAGGUUGCUUACUAUUUUAUAAUAAAACCUAGGUGUCUCCAGAGUUCAAAUAUAAUUUUUAAGGCACUUGGUUUAAAUUUCUCUCUACCUAUAAAAAAAAUUAGCAUUAAGGGUUAUUUUAAUGUCAUCUGAAUAUUGCCAAGUGUAAUAUUUCUUAAAAUUUAGCAUUACUUUUAAUAGCCAGCAUGUAAUACAAGUAACUACACUACCUCAUAACUACAUGAUUUUCAAGUUGUAAUACAGAUGGACAGGUAAAGUUUUUAUCUUUGUCUUUUGGCCAUAAGGUAGGGAAAUUUUCUAUAUAUUGCAUAGCAUUACACAUUUAUGUCUAUUUUAACAUUAACUUCUAAAGAAGUUUUUUCUAAGAAAAUUUGUUUCAAGGCAAAAAUUUUUUUGAGGCUGCCGAAGACAAAUGACAGGAUUAUGUGUAUACAGUGUAUGCCUUUUCCUUCAUGCAGAAUUUUGAAAAUGUUGUUUUCAGUUCAUAUAUUGCAUAUUUACAUGAUCAUUGUUCCUUACUUUAUGAACUGGCUAUCUCAAUGCUUGAUGAUUUUUAAAAAGCUGUUAUGUCUAACUCAGUUAAAUAACAUUACCUUACUUUUCUUAUUUGAAUUCUAUAGCUAUAGCAAAUAAUGAGUUAAAUUAUUACAUUCAAAACAAAUGUGGAUAUAAUCUUGGUUCUCCAUCUGUAAGUUUUGUAACAAUUUACUAUAGCUUAAUGCUUAACCAGUUUUAAAUAAGAAAUUAGAUAUAUUUGAUGCAGUAGACGAUACAGGUUGCAUGUGGACACUCAGCCACGUUAACAACUUGGAAAAAAGAGAAAUGGCAAUGCUAUAAUGAAUUCUCAGGUGAACUUUUUUCAGUUAUGAAACAUCUAUUUUGAAUUUGUAAAUAUUUUAAAUGUUUUAUUAAGGCAUGUAAUAAAAUAUUCUUUGAAACUUGUUUGGUAGAAUGAAAGUUUAAAGCCAUAAUAGUAAAAGAUGGCAUACUGAUUGUAAAAUAAACAGAGAUAAUAACAUUAUUGAUUUUUUUGUAUCUUUCAUAAUACAAUUUUCUAACAAUGCAAUAAA